UUUAUUGUGUUAUAUAUAUCAUCAAAAACAUAUUUCCAUUUAUUUUGUUUAUGUUCAUUGUAAUAAUGGGAUUUGCGCACACAAUGUUUAUUUUACUUAAGAAUCCUAAUGAUCCCAAAAUUAAAGUAAAAUCAGAUACAUUAAGUGGAGCUGUUACAAAUAUAAUAAAUAAUGAAACAUUAUUUAAUAUUACGCUUGAAUCUGAUUAUGAUGUUGUAGAUAGGAACGAUAAUCCAUUUUCGUCCUUUUCAACGGCAAUAACGGCCGCAUAUUUUUGGUUGAAUGGUGAUAUGAUUCAAAAAGAUCGUUUUGAUUUUUGGGUUAUUGAUUUAUUUACCUUAAUUGCUAGUAUUUUUAUUGUAACUGUUUUACAAAAUAUGUUUAUUGCUUUCAUGAGUGGAGUAUAUGUAAAAGCAGAAACUAAGGGUAGACAAGCUUUAUUAAGAUUUAGAGCGAAUCAAAUAGCAGAUUAUGAAGCAUUAGAACAUUUUCAUUUUUGGCCUAAUGAACCCGAACCAAAAUUUAUUCAUUAUAUUGGUCAAUCUAAAAAUUUUCAAGAAUGGUUUCAAUUGAGAAAAGAUGAUCAAGGUGAAAUUUAUAAAGAUUUUGAUGAAAAAACUACAAAUACAAUUCAAGCUUUUAUAGAUGUUGAUUAUGAUGAAAGUUCAAUUUGGAAUUUUGAUGAUAAUAAUUCAUCUAAUACCAAAGGUAAAAAGAAGGAUUCUACUACAGCGUUGCCGAAAGAAACUAUUCCAUCAAAUUCCUCAGAAAAUUCUCAAGAAGUGGUUUUGAAUGAGCUUAAUGAAAAAAUUAACGAAAUAAUGAAAAAAGCGAAAGACGAUAUUCAAAAUUUAUUUAAUAAUGUACCUCAAAACUUAUGAGUGGUAUAAUUUUGUAAUAUUGGUAAUGUGUAGUAGCUUAAAAUAGAUAUUUUCUUGACGUUUCUAUGAUAUAAGAACUAUUUGAUUUUUUUAAAGAAAAAAAGUAAAAAAAAAUAUUAUAAUCGUUUGAUACCUGAUGACUACUGUAGCAAGAUGAGC